UUUAUGUGGUGUCAGUGGCUCUAAUAACAGACAGAACAGUGUAUGGUCUGAAGAGAAUGGGAGAGGAGAGGAGGUGAUGGACAGUGAAGGAGAUGCGGGAGAUUGUUCGUUGGAGGAGUUUCCCUCCAGCCCAGCCCCAGCCCCAGCCCCAGCCCCAACGGAGGCCGAACAUGUGGAUUCGGAUGGCUUGUCCGUCCUGGAGCAGCUGGGACUGGACCAGAACUCCGAUUUCUCAGACUCCAGCGUACAGCAGCGUUUGGACGAGCAGCGAGAGAGGAUCCGGAGAGAGAUCCGGAAGGAGCUGAAGAUAAAAGCAGGUGCGGAGAACCUGCGGCGGGCCACCACUGACAAACGCAACGCCCAGCAGGUGGAGAGCCAGUUACGCAGCUCCAGCCGCAAGCUGGACUCGCUCCACACUCAGCUGCAGGAGCUGGACGCCCACAUCGUGGUCAAGGGUCACGAUGACAGCAAAGAUGACCUUCAGCCUCUCGGGACGCCGGGUCGCUCCUCAGCCAAUCAGGACAGGAUUAAGGCUCUGGAGCGACAGCUCAACAUCGAACUGAAGGUCAAACAGGGGGCAGAGAACAUGAUCCCCAUCUACGCCAAUGGGGUUACAAAGGAUAAAAAGCUGCUUCAGUCGGCUCAGCAGAUGCUGCAGGACAGUAAGACAAAGAUCGACAUCAUCCGUAUGCAGAUCCGUAAAGCUAUGCAGGCCACCGAGCAGACAGACGACACUCAGGGUAUGUCUCACCGCAUAAAAUCUCACUCCCUCCGACAAAUGAGCGUUUAUCAGCUUAACAUGAUAAUAAAGCUCCUUAAUGGCUUAAACACAGGUCCUUUAGCAUCACUUUUCUCUGUUUGCCUCAUUGGAGGGAGUCUCAUCUCACGUAGUCAGACUUCUUCAGCAUUAGUCUUGUCCAUACUGCAUCUCAGGUUCACUUUAUAUAUGACGGGUCUGUCCUGCUCAGGGACGCUGCAGGUGCGUCUGCUGGGGUGUGUGGGCUUGUUGGAGAUCGUCCCGGGCCGCAGUCGCACGUCUCCGGUGGUUUUGCCUCACUUCAGUCCUGGAGACGGACGGCACUUCAAACUCACUCUGAGCAGCAGAAACAGCAGCUUCAGCCUGAAGACUCCCAGCAAGAGCGAAGAGCUGUCCUCGGAGGUGAGCGCCGUGUUGAAGCUAGAGAACUGUGUGGUGGGACAGACGUGUUGGAGGAGUGUUGGUGAACAGACAUGGGAUCAGACCUUCACUCUCGAGCUGGAGAGAUCCAGAGAGAUGGAGAUCGCCGUGUACUGGAGGGACUAUCGCUUGCUCUGUGCGCUCAAGUACCUGAAGCUAGAGGACUUUCUGGACAAUCAGAGACACCGAAUACAGCUGGAGCUCGAACCGCAGGGACUGCUGCUCGCCGAGGUGAUGUUCUUCAACCCUGUGAUAGAGCGAGGUCCACGUCUACAGCGGCAGAGGAAGGUGUUUUCCAAACAGCAGGGUAAAGCCUUCCUGCGCGCUAAACAGAUGAACGUCGACAUGGCGACGUGGGUUCGUCUGCUGAAGAACGCCAUUCCCAUGAGCUCCUCCACACACAGCUACACACAACACACCAACACACAACACAGCAGCAGCGAGAUUUCCAUCCAGAAGAUUCAGCUGGACGGCGACUCUCCUCCAUCUGUGACGAGAAAAAACACACAGACGUCAAGCACGGUAAACCUCAGAGACUUCACUGACUGA